UCGCUUUUCGUCAGUUAAAAACACGGAAGUUUUGAGGCUGAGGGAGGUUCUCCUGCGGAGUGAGGCAACACUUCAUGCUGUCAUCCAGCGCAUAAAUCUGUCCAGACUCCGAACCUGAACGCUUUCUGAGCGGAUCUUUUUGGUGAAAUGUCAUCCGCCGCGCAGAAGCAGCCAGGCGGCACGGAGAGCCUGACGCCGUCCGCUGUCAACCACAUUCUGAUGGAGUUCCUGAUUUACUUCGGCCGAGCCGUGGUGGUCUUCUACCCGGUGUACCUAACCGGGUACCUGGGCCUCAGCAUCAGCUGGAUCCUGCUCUGCAUGCUCAUGUUCACCUGGUGGCAGAAGAACCGGCGGUGGAAGGACGUCCGGAUCGAUUCUGCGAUCGACUUAGUGGAUAACGAGGCGAAUAUUAUCAGCAGCGAGCUGAAGAAGUCUUUACAGAUGGCUUCAUGGAUUAACUUCACCGACGUUGAGAAAGUUCAGUGGGUGAACAAGGUGUUGGAGCAGGCUUGGCCCUUCUUCGGGAUGUACAUGGAGAAACUUCUGAGAGAAAACAUCCAGCCGACGGUCAGGAUAUCCAACUCUGCGCUCAAAAUGUUCACGUUUACCAAGAUCCACUUCGGACACAAACCACUCAGGAUCACUGGGAUGAGAGCAUACACGCAUGAAGUGGACCAAAGGGAAGUGAUUCUGGACAUGAACAUCGAUUACGACAGUGACGUGGACAUCGACGCGGAUGUGAACGCAGCUAUCAAAGUUGGCAUUAAAGGACUGAAGUUCCGAGGAAUGCUCAGAGUCGUCCUAGAGCCUUUGAUUAGUCAGGCGCCGCUGGUGGGAGGAGUCACUUUUUUCUUCAUUCGCCGCCCUACUCUGCAGAUCAACUGGACCGGCAUGACCAAUUUGUUGGACAGUCCUGCGUUUAGCUCCCUGUCUGAGGAGGCCAUUAUAGACAUCAUUGCGUCCCUCCUGGUUUUGCCAAACCGCAUGUGCAUUCCUCUGAUUGACCAACUCAAAGUAGAUCAGAUGAGAUUUCCUCUUCCUCGGGGUGUGGUCAGGGUCCACGUGUUGGAGGCCAGGGACCUGGUGGCCAAGGACACCUACAUGAUGGGCAUGGUGAAAGGCAAGUCGGACCCUUACGUCACGCUCCGAGUCGGCAACCGACUCUUCAAAACCAAGACCAUCAAAGAAAACCUGCAUCCGAAAUGGAAUGAAGUUUAUGAGUUUGUUAUUCACGAGGCGCCUGGACAAGAGCUGGAGAUGGAGCUAUAUGAUGAGGACAGAGACAAAGAUGAUUUCCUGGGAAGAUAUAACCUGGAUUUCGGAGAAGUGAAACGGGAGAAAGAAAUGGAUCAGUGGUUUCCUCUGGAAAACAUUCCUCAUGGAGAGAUUCACCUGAAGCUGCAGUGGCUCGCUCUGAGCACCGAUCCCUCUCUGCUGAACGAGUCCAACGCCGGCCUGUCCUGCGCGAUGGUCGCUGUUUAUCUGGACAACGCUUCCAACCUUCCAAAAGACCAAAAGGAGUUAACCGUACAUCAAAAACAUGGGAAGCACAACAAAGAAGCCCGGCUCACAAAGAAGAAUGUGGGCCCCAACUCCUACGUGGAAUUUACUCUUGAUAAGGAUGUUCAGAAGAGCAAAGUUGCAUAUUUGAAUAAAAACCCAGUGUGGGAGCAGGGCUUCAACUUCUUUGUGCAGAACGUAAAAACUCAGCAGCUCACACUUCAGGUCAAAGACCAGGAGAAGAAAUCUGUUCUCGGUUCUCUCAACAUUCCCCUCUAUCGCCUCUACACCAUCUCCUCCAUGUGUCUGGACCAGAACUUCCUGCUGGAGCGCUCCGGACCCAACAGCCAGAUCAAACUGAAGGUCACUCUCAGGAUUCUUACCGAGGAACGGCCACCGCCUAAAAUCCCCGUCAGUUCUCCAUCGAACGUCAAACAGCAGAACCAGCAGGUGAAAGCAGGAGGAAACGCUGCCGCCACGGCUACCGCCGCCACAGCUACCACCACCAAGGCUACCGCCGCCACGGCUACCGCCGCCACAGCUACCACCACCAAGGCUACCGCCGCCUCAGCUACUGCCGCCACAGCUACUGCCGCCACAGCUACCACCACCAAGGCUACCGCCGCCACGGCUACUGCCUCCGCUGCCUCCACCGCUGCCGCCACCCCAGCCCCUUCCGCCGCCACAUCGGUUCCCUCCAACGGUGCGCCUGCAGCUUCCUCCCCGGGUCUGCCUGGAGUCCCGCUGGAUGGGACGAACAAAGCAGCUUCACCUCAGCCGCGGCGCAACUCCUUCCUGGCUUCUGAAACCAGCAAGCCCUCCAACCUAAACAUGCGUCGGUACGAUUCCCACAGCCUGCUGUCGGAGAACUCCAUCGCCUCGUCGCGCUUCGACCUCACAGACGGCGCGUCCUUUCCACAGGCCAUCAGGGACCAUCAGGGCUCGUUUGGGGAGAUCAACCUGACUGUUCGCUAUGCCACCAUGAGGAACAAACUCAUGGUCCUGGUUCAUUCCUGCAGAGACCUGUUUCCCUGCAGCGACAGCGGCACAGACUCCUACGUCCGAAUAUAUCUCCUCCCAGACGUCUCCUGGAGACACCGCAAGAAGACGCACGUCAAGAAGAAGACAGUCAAGCCUGUUUUUGAAGAAAAGUUUGAGUUUGAUGUGCCGCUUGAAGAAGCUCAAACCAGGCAGUUGGACGUGUCGGUCAAAAAUAACAAGAUGUUCCGUAAAAGGGAGAGACCAGACAUUGGAAUGUUGACGUUGGAUCUCUCACAGAUCGACCUAGUCAAAGGCACCUCAGACUGGUUUGAACUUACAAUACCUGGACUGUCGAGAUCGACGAGGCAGAGUCACUUUUAGAGGAAGUGACUCCUUUCCAGCAGCUUCUAAAACUCUUAUUUUGAAAUUCUGUUGAGGCGACGUUGUCUCUUCCCUGAAUGUUGCAGCGCCAAGUGAAUGUGCAAAUAUUUUGUUCUGUAAUAUGAGCAGUGUGGGCUCAUAUUACAUAUUUUUGAUAAAGCUGCUUGUAUUAUUUUAUUGAAAAUAUAUUUUAAAAAUGCUGAGUCAUUCCACAGAGACCAAAAGAAUUCGUUUUUUCACUUCAUCUGUGCUGGAGUUGGAAAUAAUCCAAAUCAGAAACAACUUAAAAAUGCAAAUAUUUGUUGCACUGAAGUCAAGAGAAUCAUUUUAAAUUGAGGAAAUUUAAAAAGUGUCCAUGCAGCCGGGUCGUUUUUCUGAAGCUUUGGGUGGAAACUUUCAGAGCUUUUAAUGUUUCAGAAAGUUUUUAAUCAUGUUUUCUGUUUUCUUUGCAGUUUUACCACAAACCGCAUUUCUUGUUUAAUAAUUUCUGUCAUCGAAGCGUUUCACUUUAACACAUUUUUACAUGAUAGAGUUCCAAAAUUACUUUUUAUUAAACAGAAAGGUCACAUUUAUUGGUUGAAAACAUCUGCUUUAUGGCUAAUAACUGAUUGAUAAUAAAUAAUUUAAUUAUUUUAGGAUUUCUCUGAGAAAUUUAUGCACUAAUUUCUUUUAAAGUUUUUCUGUUAUUUUUAAGUUACAGAGGAGAAUUGUUUUAAAGUUUGUUGGUGAAGUAAAACUGAAUCUUGUUUUCAGAUAUUUAUUAAAAAAUAAACCUAUUCAAAAAGA